AUGAAAACUGCAAAAGCCAUAUCCAGAAAAGAUGCGGAUGUUGUCGAUCCUGAAUAUGGUGAGCCAAUGAAGAUCAUACUGUGGCCAGCAACAAAACAACUGAAAGACAUUCCUAUCCCUCAACACUUUCAUGAAGGAUAUCUUGACAACAUGGAAUUUUGGGCAUAUGAUGAUGAAACUGCCACUGCUUCCAUUAAGUUCAAGAAUAAAGAAACAUUAAUGAGGCUUAUUUGUGAAAAAGAUCUUCUCAAAUUCAGAGAAAAUGACAUUCGUAACUUGGUUCUUCACCAAAUCAUUUGCAAAAAAGAAGUCAUGGAGGCUGUUGCCAAGGAAUUCACUGGGAUGCUCGCCCCUAUCAUCAAUGGAAUAUUUGUUGGAUAA